UUGUGAAUACCUGCUAUGGUGUGCCCCAUCAUGGAAUUCUCUGACUACCCCGAUGAGAACGAAGUCCUCAUCCCACCCUGUGAGCAGUUUGAGGUCACCACCGUCACCUACAAGAACGGCAGAAGUGAAAUCCAUCUCCAUUCCCGGGGGAUGUACAGCACCUACAACUGCGAGUUCGUGAAGGGCCGGAGCAGCCCCAUGGAAUCCCCACACCUCUGGCUGCUCAUCCUGGCAGCCGCAGCCCUGGCAGCCGUGGGAGAGUCCUGACCUCCACACCAUCCCACUGCCGCUCCUCCAUACGCACAGGAGGGCAGCAAUAUGCCAACGCAUCUCAUGGAAAAUGCAGA